GGGCUGUGGCGGGCUCCUCCCUCUCCUCCUUUCCCCGCCUCCAGCUCCCUCAAGCCCCGCCUCUGCAGGGAGCGUGAUGACGUAGCCGCGCACGCCCUUGCUGCCGAGCUGAGGAGACCCCGCAGAGAGCUGCCAACGCCCGGCGGAGCCCUGUGAGAUUAAUCUUGGACCUCCUACAGUAGCAGACUUCAGGAGCUAUGCAGACCAUUAAGUGUGUAGUUGUGGGAGAUGGUGCUGUUGGUAAAACAUGUCUUCUAAUUUCCUACACAACAAACAAAUUCCCAUCUGAAUAUGUACCAACGGUGUUCGAUAAUUAUGCUGUAACAGUGAUGAUUGGUGGAGAGCCGUAUACCUUAGGCCUCUUUGAUACUGCAGGACAGGAAGACUAUGACAGAUUACGGCCUCUCAGCUACCCACAGACAGAUGUAUUUCUGGUCUGUUUCUCGGUGGUCUCGCCAUCUUCAUUUGAAAAUGUGAAAGAAAAGUGGGUACCUGAAAUCACUCACCAUUGUCCAAAGACUCCAUUUUUGCUCGUUGGGACCCAGAUUGAUCUCAGAGAUGACCCCUCAACAAUUGAGAAACUUGCCAAGAAUAAGCAGAAGCCCAUCACUCCCGAGACGGCUGAAAAACUGGCACGGGACUUGAAGGCUGUCAAAUACGUGGAAUGUUCUGCACUCACACAGAAAGGCCUAAAGAAUGUAUUUGACGAGGCGAUACUGGCCGCCCUGGAGCCCCCGGAGCCGAAGAAGAGCCGCCGGUGCGCACUGCUAUGAACGUCCCUUCGCGGCCCCUUCUGCAAAGCUGGUGUUGAUGUCCUACUAAAAGCAAUGUCGAAAUCAAACUAAAAGAUUCAGAUUUUUCCCAGUUUGUUUUUUGCAAUAAUGACAGAUGCCGUGCCCCCCUCUUCCCAUCCGCUCCCCCGUGUGAGAUGCAAAUGUUAGUGCUCUUCUCCAGUGCCCUUCAGUUAGACUAAUUUUUUUAAAAAAUAAUGUAUUUCAACAAACACUGAUCAGUACUAGUUUUUUUGUUUACUGUUAAUUUUUUUUUAAAAAAACAAAACAAUUCAGGCAUGCUUGUGAUUUUUCUCUGUAACAGACUAAUGGUAGGCUCUGGCCAUCCGGUUCUGUCCCGUCAUUCUAACUGGCACAACUUGGAUUAUUUCAUCUUGUACGGCCCGCUUGCAAUCUGGGGGUGUUCAGGCUUCAGUCCUCGGAACCGAUUCUGGAAAUGAAAGUGUCCCAAACCGGUGCUGCUUUGAAGAGGAGAGCAGUGCCUCCUUCCCACGCUGCACCUCCUCUGAAGUUGCCUUGCAUCCGUUUCCCUUCCUUUCCUCUGAGCAGGUCAAAAGUUCCUGUCUUGCCGUUUUAAGACACAACAUGUAAAUGAGCCCUUCGUUUAUGGCUGCAGCCAAAAGCUCUUUUGUUAACAACAACAAAAACCACCACCCCACCCAAUUUUGCCAAUUGCUACUUUUUGUUAUGAGUUUCCCAGCCUUGACACUAGGCAUUAAUUGAAAGAGAACUGCAUCUUUUAAUGCAAAUCCAAUGGACUGAGUUGAAUUACAACCAGCCCCUCACAAGCUGCUUCUUAUUGGCAACAGGAAUGCUAUAUUGAGACCCACCCACAUGGCCUGGUCAUGCCAGGAUGGCGGCUAGAAGCUAAACCAGCUGGCCAUGCCACAAAACGGUUCAACGUUGGCUCGGAAGAGGGGGAAUGAGAAAUGCCUCAUCAGGAAAAACAAAAUUGAAGGGGAAAGAGGUUUCCUAUGGCACUUGGGGACCAUUAAAGGAAGGACCCUAACUGUGCAUUGUGCGCGAGAGCAGCUCUGGACUCCCAGCUCGCUGCUCGGUAUAACAGAGAUCACGCGAGGGUCUUUGACUCCAGUGUUAAUAAGGAUCUUACCACAACUAUACUCCGGCUUAAUACUUCUCAAUCUUCCCAGACUCUAAUUCUUGUAGACUUGUUAGUGUUGAACUGAUGCUUUUCCGUGUCUAAGUUCUUUGUAUAUGCAUUUUUUUCAGAUGUAUUAAACAUAAAAAAUAUCUUCACAA